AUGACAGUUUGUAUCUGUUCACCACCCAACGCCCCCAUCGGGGUUUAUUCCCUGACCCUGGACCAGGAGGGGCAGAAGACUGCUAUAGGAAAGUUCACCCUACUUUUUAAUGCCUGGUGUCACAGGGAUGCCGUUUAUAUGUGCAGUGAGACAAAGAGGCAGGAGUAUGUUUUAGAACAACAUGGGCAGAUCUUCAGAGGAACGCAUAAACGAAUCAAAGGGAAACCAUGGAACUUCGGUCAGUUUGAAGCAGGGAUACUGGAUAUCUGCCUGAAGAUUCUAGAUGACAACCCAAAAUUUGUGUCAGAUGCUGACAAGGACUGCUCUGCCAGGAGAAACCCAAUCUAUGUGACCAGGGUGUUCAGUGCUAUGAUCAACAGUAAUGAUGACAGAGGGGUGCUGGUGGGAAAUUGGGAGGACUUUUCUGGUGGGGUGCAUCCAGGACUGUGGAUUGGCAGUGGGGAAAUUUUGCGGAAGUGGGCAGAAACUGGCCCAGUCCGCUUUGGCCAGUGUUGGGUGUUUGCUGCUGUUGCAUGCACAGUGUCUCGUGCUCUGGGCAUCCCAUGUCGAGUGGUUACUAACUUUGGAUCCGCUCACGACUCAGAUGCCAACCUUGUGAUUGAAAACCUUUAUGAUGAAAAUGGAGCAAGAAUUUCUGGAGGUGAUUCAGUUUGGAAUUUUCAUGUGUGGGUGGACAGCUGGAUGACUCGUCCUGAUUUGGGAUCAGAGUUUGAUGGAUGGCAAGCCAGUGACCCAACCCCCCAAGAGACAAGUGAUGGUGUUUUCUGUUGUGGGCCAGCUCCUCUGAGGGCCAUAAAGGAGGGAGAACUGACCAAGAAGUAUGAUGCACCCUUUAUUUUCGCUGAGGUCAAUGCAGAUAUUGUGGACCUGGUGCAGCUGACAAGUGGAGAGUUUGUGAAGUUCAGUGGAUCAACCAAGUCCGUUGGACGCUUCAUCAGCACUAAAGCUGUAGGCUCAGAUGAGCGACAUGACAUCACACACCAAUAUAAGUAUUCAGAAGGCUCAGAGGAGGAGAGGCGGGUGUACGAGAAGGCACAACACCACAACAAAUUACACCAGAGAGGAGAGGAGCCAGGACUUCGUCUCAAGAUAAAACUGGCUGAUAACAUGAUCGUGGGUUCAGACUUUGAGGUGAACGCUGUCCUCACUAAUAACUGCAUGGACACCAGGACCUGUACAUUCCUGUUCUUUGCCCGGGCUGUCGGCUACAAUGGAAGACAAGCAGACAGCUGUGGAUUUGCUUCAGACAAAGUGGAAGUGCCCUCUGGAGAAGGUAAGCAUUUGUCCCUCAAACUGCAGUAUGACCGUUAUGGAUCAGGGAUCACUUCUGACAGGUUGAUCCAGCUGUCAGCCAUCACCAUCGACAAGCAGACCAUCAGUUACCAUAAGGCUGAGAAAACCAUUGUGCUAGAUGAGCCAGAUUUACAGAUAAAGCUGGUGGGAGAUGUCAAACUGAACCAGUCUGUGAUGGCAGAGCUGAGCUUGUUGAACCCUUUACCAGAAACUCUGCAGGACUGCAGCUUUACUAUGGAGGGGGCUGGCCUCACUGGUGGCAAACCAAUUACAAAGAAAAUUGGAGCUGUGGACCCCAAACAGAAAGCCAAGGCCAGUAUCGAGUUCAGCCCAGCCAGUGCUGGCUCCAGUGUUCUACUGGUAAACUUUGAUAGCAACAAAUUGCAGAACAUCAAGAAUUCUAUCAAUGUUGUGGUAAAGGAGUAA